AUGCUGGAACAGAAAUCUGUGGGCGUUGUCGGAGCAGGUUUGGUUGGUAGUCUUGCCGCUUUAGCCUUCUCCUCCAAGGGUUACAACGUUACCCUCUUCGAGUUGAGGCCAGAUCCACGAAGCGAUUCUGAGAGUAGAAAAAGUUUGAGGUCAAUCAAUCUUGCUGUGAGCGACCGUGGUAUUAGGGCCAUGAAGUAUGUGGACGAAGAAAUGACCAGCCGUGUAUUGGAGCAUGUAAUUCCUAUGAAGGGCCGCAUGAUUCACGAUGCAACUGGAACCAAACAAGAAUCUCAAAUAUAUGGGCUCUUUGGAGAGAGUAUCAACUCGAUCGACCGACAGUUUUUGAAUGUGUGCUUAUUGAACGAAAUUGAUGCCGCAAAGGUGCAAACAAAAUUUGGACAUAGAUUAGUUGGCCUCGGAAGCGUUAACGAGCAGAAAUCCUACUUAGAGUUUCAAACAAAAGACCUGAAUAUAGAGAGAUUUGAAUUUGAUUUCAUUGUUGGAGCAGAUGGUGCACAUUCACAGUUUCGGUAUCAAUUGCAGAAGACCAUGAGAAUGGAUUUCUCUCAAAAGUACAUUGACAUGCAAUACAUGGAACUCAGCAUUCCACCUGUGAAAGGAAAGGACCCAAAAAGUGAAGAGAGAUUUGCAAUUGACCCUAACCACCUUCACAUUUGGCCGAGAAAAGAUUACAUGUUGAUUGCUUUGGCCAAUGGAGACGGGUCUUUUACAUCGACGUUUUUCAGUCCUUGGGGCAUGAUUGAGUCUUUUUCAAAUGAUACGGAGUACCUCGAGUUUUUCAAAACAAGCUUCCCUGACGCUUACAAGCUUAUUGGUGAAGAAGGAUUGCGCACAGCUUUUAACAGUAAAGUUCGUGGAUCAUUGAUGCAAGUGGAGAUGAGUCCAUACACAAAUCCAAGCCAUAAUGCUAUUGUUAUUGGAGAUGCAGCGCAUUCGAUGGUUCCGUUCUACGGACAAGGCAUGAACUGCGGUUUUGAGGAUGUUCAUGUGUUGAUGAAGCUAAUUGACAAGAAUAACGGUGAUGCAAAACUGGCAUUUGCAGAGUACACUGGUGCUAGAAGGAAGGACAUUCAGACCAUUUGCAAGCUUGCAAUGGACAACUACUAUGAAAUGUCGACCAAAGUUAUUGACCCAUUUUUCUUGUUCAGAAAGAAGGUUGACUACUUCUUGGGAAAGUACGCCAACGGUGUCCUUUUCCCGUGGAUUCCAAUGUACACCAUGAUCUCAUUCCGUGGAGAUAUUAGCUACUCUAAGGCUGUGGAAAUCGAAAAGAGACAGAGGCGGGUACUCAGAUGCAUCGAGUAUGUGACAGUAGGGUCCAUUGCGGCCAUUGGGCUUGCUAAGGUGGCUCAGUACUGGGACAGGUUCCGCCGUUAG